AGGAGCGAAUUUGAUAUGCGAGUUUGUGAAGCAAAGCAUGCAAUUACUGGUACGGUAAGUAAAUUAAUGGAGGGAAAGGACGAGAGCACGUACGAGUGGGGUCGGAGGGCGUCACCAGCUCAUGCCGUGCCGCACGCUUUCCCACGGAUUCCUCUUCUUCCCCGACCCCCACUCCCCUCCCGAACCCUCUCCACUCGCCCUCUACCUCGCCAGCCUGUGCCUGCGUGAGUGUGUCGUCGCCACUCGUUGACCCCCCCUUCUCUCUCUCUCUCUCUCUUUAAACUCCUGGGAGGAGGAGAUUGAGAUUGGAGCAGGAAGGAACGAGGAAGGAAGGAGAUGGAGCCGUGCCCGUUCGUCCGGCUCCUGGUGGGAAACCUGGCGCUGAAGAUUCCGGUGGCCGCGCGGCCCGCCGGGGCCGGCGUCCACCCCUCCGCCUCCCCAUGCUUUGCCAAGAUCCGCCUCGGCAAAUCCCCACGCCAGACUGUCGCCGUCCCCCUCGUCCCCUCCGACGACCACGCCACCGCCGACCCACCCGCCACCCCCUCCUCGUCCGCGUCCGCUUCUGGUGCCCUCGCCGCCCGCUUCCACCUGUCUAAAGCCGAACUCGACCGGAUCUCGGCCAAGCCCUCGCUGUUCGCCGGAGGGCGCGGCGGCCGCGUCAAGCUUAAGGUCUCCGUCUACACCGGCCGGAGGGGGACCACCUGCGGGGUGAGCUCCGGCCGGCUCCUCGGCAGGGUGACGGUGACGCUCGACCUGAAGGGGAUGGCAGAUGGCGGCGGGAGCAGGGCGGUGGUGUUCCACAGCGGGUGGGUCGCCUUGGGCAAGAAGAAGACGAAGGCGGGGGCGGGGAAGGGCUCCUCCUCGUUGCCGGCGCAGUUAUAUCUGACGGUUAAGGCGGUGCCGGACCCGCGGUUCGUGUUCGAGUUCGACGGGGAGCCCGAGUGCAGCCCCCAGGUGUUCCAGGUGCAGGGCAACCUGAGGCAGCCCGUCUUCACUUGCAAGUUCAGCUGCCGCAAUGCCGGCGACCGCAACUUGAAUUCCAGAUCGAUGCAUUCGGAGCCGGGGAGCUCGCGGAGCUGGAUCUCUUCAUUUGGAUCGGAGCGGGAACGGCCGGGGAAGGAACGCAAGGGGUGGUCGGUGACGGUCCACGACCUCUCCGGGUCGCCCGUAGCCCUCGCCUCCAUGGUAACUCCCUUCGUGGCCUCCCACGGGACCGACAGGGUCAGCCGCUCUAAUCCCGGGGCAUGGCUCGUGCUCCGCCCCGGCGACGGCACCUGGAAGCCCUGGGGACGCCUCGAAGCCUGGCGCGAGCGCGGCGGCUCCGGCGCCAGCGACGGCCUAGGCUACCGCUUCGAGCUCCUUCCCGACGCCGCCAUGGGCGCGGGCAUCAACCUCGCGGAGUCCACCCUCAGCGCCACCAAGGGCGGCAAGUUCACCAUCGACCUCACCAGCGCUGCCGGCACCCCUCUGAGCCGGUCGACCUCGCCGGGAUGCAGCCCGAGGGGGAGCGGCGACUUCGGCUACGCGCUCUGGCCCUUCCCCAGCUACCGCGGGUUCGUGAUGUCCUCGACGGUGGCCGGCGAGGGGCGUAGCGGCCGGCCCACGGUGGAGGUCGGCGUGCAGCAAGUUGGGUGCACCGAGGACGCCGCAGCCUUUGUGGCGCUCGCGGCCGCCAUCGACCUGAGCAUGGACGCCUGCCGCCUCUUCUCCCACAAGCUCAGGAAGGAGCUGAGCGCGCCGGAUUUGUUGCGGUGACCGACCCAUUCCUACAACGUUUUCUUUCGUCUUCCUCUCUUUGUACAGGUGUGGGAAGUGUUUCCUAGGCAAUUUUUUGUUUUUGUUUUCGUGUGCUUCGGCUAAGCUUUCAUUUAGUAGUCUUCUAGAUGUGUUUUUUAUUACGCUAGAAGUCUAUAACCGAGAGAGAGUGUGUGUGUGUGUCUGUGUGAGAGUGACGAUGGUAGACUGUAAUUUGUAGCCUUGUGUUCACCUUCUUUUUUGUGAUGAUCCUUUGGAUGAAUGAAACUUGAAUAAAGCUUUAGAGCUGUUCAGUUGAUAUA